AUGAAGGCCAUUCUGGAAAAUCAAUCCGUCACCGACGAAGUUCUGCGGACAGUUUUCGCAGAAGUCGCGUCCUUGUUGAACUCCCGCCCUCUAACGAACGUUUUGACCGACCCGGCAGAACCAGAGCCUCUCACUCCCUUUCACUUUAUCUUGGGCUGUGCAAACCCUCACCAGGCCCCUGACUCUGAAAGCGCCUUUGACGGACUCUCAAGAAGAAAAUGGAAGCAGGCGCAAUUCAUUACCGACCAGUUUUGGAAACGCUGGAUGCGUGAGUACCUGCCCAGCUUGAUUGAAAGGAAGAAGUGGGACAAAUCGGUCCGACCGCUCCGUGUCGGCGACAACGUCUUGAUAAUGGACGAAAACACUCGAAGAGGAGAGUGGCUUACUGGACAGAUAACAAAAGUCUUUCCUAGUAGCGAUAACGUUAUAAGGUCCUCGCCCGCAGGAUUGAUUCCGCCGGCCAGCCGGACUGUGGCACACCAGCGCCAAAGGAAAAGAGAAGCGGCACCGUGGCAGCGAAGCAGACGAAAAAGGCACUUGCCGGCGACAUUCUUAAAAGUGUAG